GGCCAGUUGCCGGGUAACGGAGCGGAGCGGCUCCCGGCGCGCCGCCUCCCGCCCUCCGCCGAGUGGCGCUGGGGCCGCCGCCGCCGCUUUACGUAAGGCGCAGGCCAGGGCCGCCCGGCGCUCGGCAGCCGCCCGCAGCCCCUCGGAGCCAGAGGAGAGGCGCCCCCGCCGGCCGCCGCGCCGCCCGGCAGCCUCGGCAGGUUCUGCCGGAGACUUCCAUUUGGCCUCAAUGUGAAAUUAAAGUAGAAAAUCCCAUCUACAUGUCUGUUGCUAUCAGGAUGUUGAUUGAUUGGUCAUGCCUGAAGAGGGAAAGUCUGUUUUAGGUGGCUGACUACCAGCAAAAAUAAAUGCUUCUCCUACAUGUCAAGCAUCUCUCCUUUUUACUGGAGUGAAAAUCCCCUCCAGAUACCAACAGAAUAUCAACUGCAGAAAAUGCUUCACAUUUUAAGGAUGUCGGCAACCUAAAUUCAUGUACCCUAUCUGUACAGUUGUUGUGGAUGGUUUGUCAUCUGAAAGCUCCUCAAGUUCUUAUCCAGGCCCUGUGUCUGUUUCUGAAAUGUCUCUGCUUCAUGCUUUGGGUCCAGUGCAGACCUGGCUGGGACAAGAGCUCGAGAAAUGUGGCAUUGAUGCCAUGAUUUACACUCGGUAUGUCCUCAGUCUUCUGCUGCAUGACAGCUAUGACUACGACCUACAGGAACAGGAGAAUGACAUCUUCCUGGGCUGGGAAAAAGGAGCUUAUAAGAAAUGGGGAAAGAGUAAGAAAAAAUGUUCAGAUCUAACCCUAGAAGAAAUGAAAAAACAGGCUGCUGUCCAGUGUCUUCGAUCUGCUUCUGAUGAAAGCUCUGGUAUCGAGACUUUAGUGGAGGAGCUUUGCUCCAGACUGAAAGACCUUCAGAGUAAGCAAGAAGAGAAGAUUCACAAAAAGUUAGAGGGGUCUCCCUCUCCAGAGGCAGAAUUAUCCCCUCCAGCAAAGGAUCAAGUGGAAAUGUACUAUGAAGCAUUUCCACCACUUUCUGAGAAACCAGUUUGCCUGCAAGAAAUCAUGACUGUGUGGAACAAGUCUAAAGUCUGUUCUUACUCUGGCUCUUCAUCAUCAUCCACAGCCCCACCAGCUAGCACAGAUACUUCCUCUCCUAAGGACUGCAACAGUGAAAGUGAAGUCACCAAGGAAAGAAGCAGUGAAGUACCCACCACUGUGCAUGAGAAAACCCAGAGCAAAAGCAAAAAUGAGAAAGAAAACAAAUUUAGUAAUGGCACAAUUGAAGAAAAGCCUGCUUUGUACAAAAAGCAGAUCCGACAUAAACCUGAAGGAAAGAUUCGCCCUCGCUCAUGGUCUUCUGGCUCCAGUGAAGCGGGCUCAAGUUCCAGUGGGAAUCAGGGAGAAUUAAAAGCAUCCAUGAAGUAUGUUAAAGUAAGACACAAGGCACGAGAGAUUCGAAACAAAAAAGGGCGGAAUGGGCAAAGCAGGCUUUCAUUGAAGCAUGGUGAAAAGGCUGAAAGAAACGUUCAUACUGGAAGCAGUAGCAGUAGCAGCAGUGGUUCUGUCAAACAGCUGUGCAAGCGGGGUAAGAGACCUUUAAAAGAAAUAGGGAGAAAAGAUCCUGGGAGCACUGAAGGUAAAGACCUAUACAUGGAGAACAGAAAUGACACAGAAUACAAAGAGGAACCCUUGUGGUACACCGAGCCCAUUGCUGAAUAUUUUGUUCCUCUGAGCAGAAAAAGUAAACUAGAGACCACAUACCGAAACAGACAAGACACAAGUGAUCUGACAUCAGAGGCAGUGGAAGAAUUGUCUGAAUCAGUACAUGGUCUUUGUAUCAGCAACAAUAAUCUUCAUAAAACAUACCUCGCAGCAGGUACUUUCGUUGAUGGUCAUUUUGUAGAAAUGCCUGCAGUUAUAAAUGAGGAUAUUGACCUCACUGGGACCUCAUUAUGUUCUCUACCAGAGGACAAUAAAUACCUGGAUGAUAUUCAUCUUUCAGAAUUAACGCACUUCUAUGAAGUGGAUAUUGAUCAAUCCAUGUUGGAUCCUGGUGCCUCAGAAACAAUGCAAGGAGAAAGUCGGAUUUUGAAUAUGAUUCGACAAAAAAGCAAAGAGAACACAGAUUUUGAGGCAGAAUGUUGCAUAGUGUUAGAUGGUAUGGAGUUGCAAGGGGAACGUGCAAUAUGGACAGAUUCUACCAGCUCUGUGGGUGCUGAGGGCUUAUUCCUGCAGGACCUUGGCAAUCUGGCUCAGUUUUGGGAGUGCUGUUCAUCCAGUUCCGGUGAUGCUGAUGGGGAGAGUUUUGGAGGAGACUCUCCAGUUAGACUCUCUCCCAUCUUGGACAGCACAGUGCUCAAUUCACACCUGCUUGCUGGCAAUCAAGAGCUCUUUUCAGAUAUUAAUGAAGGAUCUGGUGUAAACUCUUGUUUUUCAGUGUUUGAAGUGCAAUGCAGUAAUUCUGUUUUACCAUUUUCUUUUGAAACACUCAACUUGGGAAAUGAAAAUACAGAUUCUAGUGCUAAUAUGCUUGGGAAAACACAGUCUAGAUUGCUAAUAUGGACCAAAAAUAGUGCCUUUGAAGAAAAUGAACACUGUUCUAAUCUUUCAACAAGAACUUGUAGUCCAUGGUCCCAUUCAGAAGAAACACGUUCAGACAAUGAAACAUUAAAUAUUCAAUUUGAGGAAUCCACACAGUUUAAUGCCGAAGAUAUUAAUUAUGUAGUUCCUAGAGUCUCGUCAAAUUAUGUAGAUGAAGAACUUCUAGAUUUUUUGCAAGAUGAAGCUUGCCAGCAAAACAAUAGAACUUUAGGUGAAAUUCCUACAUUAGUCUUCAAAAAAACAUCUAAACUAGAAUCUGUCUGUGGUAUUCAGCUAGAACAAAAAACAGAAAACAAAAACUUUGAAACUACACAAGUAUGUAAUGAAAAUCCACAUGGAGAUGGCUACAGCUCAGGGGUUAUUAAAGACAUUUGGACAAAGAUGGCAGACACAAAUUCUGUGGCUACAGUAGAAAUAGAAAGAACUGAUGCCGAGUUGUUUUCGGCAGAUGUAAAUACCUACUGCUGCUGUCUAGAUGCUGAAGCUGAACUGGAGACCCUUCAGGAGCCUGAUAAGGUUGUGCGAAGGUCAGAGUACCAUCUGUGGGAGGGACAGAAAGAAAGCCUGGAGAAAAGAGCAUUUGCUUCUAGUGAGCUAUCAAACGUGGAUGGUGGUGAUUAUACAACACCCUCUAAACCCUGGGAUGUAGCCCAAGAUAAAGAGAACACAUUCAUUCUUGGAGGAGUUUAUGGAGAACUCAAAACCUUUAAUAGUGAUGGGGAAUGGGCAGUCGUACCACCUAGUCACACGAAAGGAAGCCUGUUACAGUGUGCAGCUUCUGAUGUAGUGACAAUAGCUGGUACCGAUGUCUUUAUGACCCCAGGAAACAGUUUUGCCCCUGGGCACAGGCAGUUAUGGAAACCCUUCGUGUCAUUUGAACAGAAUGAUCAGCCGAAGAGUGGGGAAAAUGGAUUAAAUAAGGGAUUUUCUUUUAUCUUCCAUGAAGACUUACUAGGAGCUUGUGGCAACUUUCAAGUCGAAGAUCCUGGACUUGAAUACUCAUUUUCUUCCUUUGACUUAAGCAAUCCAUUUUCACAAGUUCUUCAUGUAGAAUGCUCAUUUGAACCUGAAGGGAUUGCAUCUUUCAGCCCCAGUUUUAAACCGAAAUCAAUUCUCUGUUCUGAUUCAGACAGUGAAGUGUUUCACCCCAGGAUAUGUGGUGUUGACAGAACACAGUACAGGGCUAUUCGGAUCUCUCCUAGGACUCACUUUCGCCCAAUUUCUGCAUCCGAACUGUCCCCAGGAGGAGGAAGCGAGUCAGAAUUUGAAUCUGAGAAAGAUGAAGCAAAUAUUCCCAUUCCUUCUCAAGUUGAUGUAUUUGAAGAUCCGCAGGCAGAUCUCAAACCUCUGGAGGAAGAUGCAGAGAAAGAAGGCCAUUACUAUGGAAAAUCAGAGCUUGAGUCUGGAAAAUUCCUUCCCAGGUUAAAAAAAUCUGGGAUGGAGAAGAGUGCUCAGACAUCACUGGAUUCCCAGGAGGAAUCAACUGGGAUUCUGUCAGUAGGAAAGCAAAAUCAGUGUUUGGAAUGUAGCAUGAAUGAGUCCCUGGAAAUAGAUUUAGAAAGCUCAGAAGCAAAUUGUAAAAUAAUGGCACAAUGCGAGGAAGAAAUUAAUAAUUUUUGUGGUUGCAAAGCAGGUUGUCAGUUUCCUGCUUAUGAAGAUAAUCCAGUUUCUUCGGGACAGCUGGAAGAGUUCCCUGUAUUGAACACUGAUAUACAAGGAAUGAAUAGAAACCAAGAAAAACAGACCUGGUGGGAAAAAGCCUUGUACUCUCCUCUUUUUCCUGCAUCAGAGUGUGAAGAAUGUUAUACAAAUGCCAAGGGAGAGAAUGGUAUAGAAGAAUAUCCAGAUGUUAAAGAAAUACCCAGUAAUGAAGAACGUCUGUUAGAUUUUAAUAGGGUGUCUUCUGUUUAUGAAGCAAGAUGUACAGGAGAGAGAAACUCUGGAGCAAAGUCAGAUGGCUUCCGCAGAAAGACGUGCUCCAGCGCCAGCGCCACCUCGGAAGAGACAGGCUCAGAAGGCGGAGGCGAGUGGGUGGGCCCUAGUGAAGAGGAGCUCUUUUCUCGAACUCAUCUCUAAACCUGCAAAGUAGUACAAAUUACUGUUUAAAAAUGAUAUGUGAUGGAAAAUUAUUCUUCUGUGAGACCUGUUAAUCUAAAACAACAACUUAGGUUUCCUCUUCAAUUAACUGAUUCAGAUCGGUAAUCAUUAUCUUUCUCUUCUUGCUUAUUUUAGAGUUGAGGACAGCUAUCCUGUUAAAGAUUUUUUUUUUCCCAGCUGUUAAAUUCUUGGCUAUUUGAAAUAGACUAGAUUGUGUUGUCAAAUCAAGAAUGGGUGUGCAUGUGCUUGUCUUAGAAGUAUCACUGCUUUUUGCAUCUUAACUGCAGUUAAUUUUCCUUCUGACUGCAGUUAUAUCACUAUGACCUUAUUAGCAUUGCAGUGUCAACAACCACUUCUGCUCUUCAGAGACUUCAGCUUUGGAGCAUUUAGGCUUCGUUCUCUAAGAACUGGGAUAUCCAUUCUUACCCUGCAGUGGCUUAGUGCCUUUCUGAAGGCGAAAGGGAAGCAUGGGUGACUCAGCUGUGGUCUCCAUUCAGUCAAAUCUCAUGUACAUUUGAAAUAGGAACCACAAGGGUGUGCUUUUAGAGACUUACAAAAUACUGUGUUUUCUAUCUUAGGAUUUUUUUUUUCCCCUAAAGUAUCAUGGAAGAUACUAUGGCUUGUGACUUUCUUGCUAACUGAAGAAGCCAAGGAUUUGGGGUGUGGGAUCGUAUGUGAGGCACAGUGGGGUUAAGGGUGCAUACUCUUACCUGUAUGACUGUUCUCAUACUGCAGUUUCAUUUCCACCAGAGUCCCGUGCAGGGUUCUUUGUGGUGAGUGUUACAUAUGCAGUAAGGACCUUAGUUGCAUAUUGUUAUUUUCUGGUGACUUGUGUUGAAUUGAAGCCCCCAAAACUUGAAAUUGUGAAUAUUUGACAUGCAAUAAAGGCCACCUCGUCACCCAGAGAAAUCUUGGGCUGCUGCAGCUAGCUGCUCCUUGGCUGUGAUGUAGUAUAGCUUCAGUCUCAUUUUGUGUUUGAGAGAAUGUUCUGGGCAAGUUCUGUGUGUGGUGGGUUGGGGUGGGUAGAGUCAGGAGUUUUCCACAUCCCUGUGUGGUUGCUGUGCUGAUUGUCCUCCAUGGGACUGGCUUCCAGCUGUCCUCGGUGAGCCUGGGAGAGCUGGCACAUCUUGUGAGUGGACUGCCACUCCAUGGGACUGGCUUCCAGCUCUCGUCGGUGAGCCAGGGAGCCGGUGCAUCUUGAGUCGUGUCUGGGCAUGAUGAUCCGCUCCUCCAGCUCUCACGGCAUUGUGCAGCAGGCUGAAGCCAGGAGGAGCAAUAUUUGCAAAACCUCAACAGUUUAAAUUGUUUUUCUUUUUUUUCCUUUUUAACCAACUCAUUAUUUGAAAAACAAAAAGCAAAACAAACACCACCACCACCACGUAAUCUGUGAAAUCAGUGUAGCAAGUCUGGAACAUCAGGAAUGGCAGGAAAGUCUGAUAUGGUCUAGACAGCUUCACCAGUAAUUUUGGCAGACAGUAAACACACGUUUUAUUAGCUGGGAGCUGAACUGGCUGUGGAAUCUAUGAUUUGCUUUGAACAUUUAGGUUUUGUUGGCUUUUUCCUAAUUGAUAACACAGAAAGUACCAUCAAAGACUGUGGAGUGGCUGAGGUUGUGCGUGUCCUCACUGAGAGAGACCUGGGGUGCCCGCCGGGUUGAUCUUACCACAUUAGGGUUUAUUUUUAUACAAAUCUUUUGACACUUUAAGGUGGGUUUGUGUGUGUGUGUGUGUGUAUGUGUGUGUGUGUGUGUGUGUGCAUGUGUAAGGUUUUAUGUUGCUGUUAUUUAUUUACGAACUUCAGAUACGUUUUUAUGUAUUUUUCAUUCUUCUGGAGCUUCCUAAAAAUUGAUAAGCAUCUGCACUGAAAUUUAACAGCAAAGGUAAAAAAGGAUUGAAAGUUGCAAAUUCCUCAUAUCACUACAGUGAGGAUUAUUCUAGAAAUUGUUGCUUAUGCAGCAAAGACCAAAUAAAUAGAUUUCAGACACCACCUUGAGCACAGUUGAUUUUGGACAGCUGCUGUUGAUGAGGAAAGGGCUCCAGGUGGCACAGGUGCAGACCUCCUCAGACACGGGUGAGGAGACGGCACCUUCCACGGGGGAAUGGGACGGAUUCGAAGUGAGCAAAGGGGUUCACAAAUCGUAUAUUUAUUUGUUUUCAUAAUUAAGUAGCUGAAGCUCAGAGGCUUCCAGCAACAAAGAUGAAAAGUGUGGUUUUUUUUUAGUUUUGUGAAUGGAUGAUCACAAAGAAAGCAUCUUUAAAAAGUUGGCAAACGCUGAAACGCACUGUGGUAUGAAGCGCAUUGCAUAUCCAUAGCACUGAAGUAUCAGUUUCCAUUCCUGGGCUGAGAUUUUUUCCCCGUGGUUGUAUUGUUCUGAUUUCACGUACACCAGAGUAACUGAUUUUUUGUUUUGUUUUGUUUUCUUGUGGAGUUAACACCAAAUAAAAAUU